GACGUUCCAAUUUCCCACAAACCCGCCAGAAAUGACAAAAAUCCUUCUAAAACCCUAAAACGUCUCUCUCCCUCACUCUCUCUAAAGAACUGAGAGGUGGAAACGAAUCUCCAUUUCCAUUUAUUUUAAUUCACAAUAGAUUUUCACUUCACAUCUUGUGGAGUCGAGUGAGGCCCUGAAUCACUGUUGCUCCAAUGGCGCUCACAAGCGCCAGUGAGUUGAUUAUCUCAUACUCUUCGCUUUCCACUGGGCUCCGUCACAGCACAUUGUCUCGAAAUGUCCUCAAUACUUGGUUUUCUCCAAACGCUCUACGAAGAGACAGCUCAAGACGACCCCGUUCAGGGUUUUGCUGUGCUUCUUCGUGCUCGUUCGUCCCUGUGGAGGCGGCUAAGAUUAAGGUGGUGGGUGUUGGAGGGGGCGGCAACAAUGCUGUUAAUCGCAUGAUUGGCAGCGGAUUACAUGGUGUUGAUUUCUAUGCCAUAAACACAGACUCUCAAGCUCUAUUACAGUCCGCAGCUGAUAACCCACUUCAAAUUGGAGAACUUUUGACUCGUGGACUAGGCACUGGUGGGAAUCCACUUCUAGGAGAACAGGCUGCAGAGGAAUCAAGAGAAACCAUUGCAAAUGCUCUUAAGGGCUCAGACCUUGUUUUUAUAACAGCCGGAAUGGGGGGUGGCACAGGUUCAGGGGCAGCUCCGGUUGUUGCCCAAAUAUCAAAAGAGUCAGGUUAUCUGACUGUUGGCGUGGUUACCUACCCUUUCAGCUUUGAAGGACGUAAGAGAUCCCUGCAGGCAUUGGACGCCAUUGAAAAGUUACAAAGGAAUGUUGAUACCCUUAUUGUGAUUCCCAAUGAUCGUUUGUUGGAUAUUACUGAUGAACAGACACCCCUUCAGGAUGCUUUCCUACUUGCUGAUGAUGUUCUCCGUCAAGGAGUCCAAGGAAUUUCUGAUAUAAUCACUAUACCUGGACUGGUUAAUGUGGAUUUUGCAGACGUAAAGGCAGUCAUGAAGGACUCUGGAACUGCAAUGCUUGGAGUGGGGGUUUCCUCCAGCAAAAACCGUGCAGAAGAAGCAGCUGAACAAGCUACUUUGGCUCCCUUGAUUGGAUCAUCAAUCCAGUCUGCUACAGGGGUUGUGUACAAUAUUACUGGAGGAAAGGACAUAACCUUGCAAGAAGUGAAUAGAGUGUCUCAGGUGGUUACAAGUUUGGCUGAUCCAUCUGCCAACAUAAUAUUUGGGGCUGUUGUGGACGACCGCUACAAUGGGGAGAUUCAUGUGACCAUCAUUGCAACAGGCUUUUCGCAGUCGUUUCAGAAGACACUUCUAACAGACCCUAAGGCAGCUAAGCUGGUGGAGAGAGCAGGUCAAGAAAACGUGGGACUACCCCUUCCCCUGAGGUCGUCAAGCUCACCGCCUGUUGCUCCAUCACGACCACCUUCUCGAAAGCUUUUCUUUUAACCCUUCCUAGUCCAUUACUCUUUUUUUAUUUUUUCUAUUUGGUGUGAAUUGGUUUUGUAAUGAUCUUUCUGUGGUAGUAACUAUUUUGUCCUUUCUGGGUCUUCUGCUCUUUCAUCACUUUAUGAUCUUUUUCCCCCUAUUCAAAUGCCGAGUUCAAGAGAACAAAAAUUAUUAAUCAUUGAGUUCUUUAUAA